AAUCCAAUGAAACUCCAAGAUCGUUUCUACGUCCGCCACGUCAGCACUAUCCUGAUCGGGAAACCCAAAACGAGUGGUCGAAUAGUUUCCGACUGGUCACAGAGAAACCAUCUCCACAAUCCCCAAAACUCUUUCUUUCAACACUUGCUCUCCAUUAAUCUUUAGAUAAUAAACCUAAUUGUUUCUGUGCGAUUCUUCCGAGGCUUGAAGCUCAAAAGCUAUGGCUUCUCUUUCAGUCUCUUCCUCUUCGACCAUCAUCGAUUCGAGAGCUCCUCCUUUUCGACAAGCCUCCGCCUCCGCCUCUUCUCCGUCGUGUAUUUCACUUCCCACACUUCCUCCGACGCCAAUUCAGUCUCAUACCCGCGCCGCUAAAGCCACUGCUUACUGUCGGAAGAUUGUGAGGAACGUUGUGACAAGAGCUACUACUGAAGUUGGUGAAGCUCCUGCCACUACUACCGAAGCUGAGACUACUGAGUUACCUGAAAUCGUCAAGACUGCUCAAGAAGCUUGGGAGAAAGUUGAGGACAAGUACGCUAUUGGUUCUCUUGCCUUUGCUGGUGUAGUGGCUCUUUGGGGAUCUGCUGGAAUGAUUUCGGCAAUCGAUAGGCUUCCAUUGGUUCCUGGUGUUCUUGAACUUGUAGGCAUCGGUUACACAGGAUGGUUCACUUACAAGAACCUGGUCUUCAAACCAGACAGGGAGGCUCUGUUUGAGAAGCUUUUGAGGAGCUUAGUGAUGGAGACAAAUUCGUCUGGAGAAGAUCUGGUUAUUAAGACUCGGAAGCCAUAUACGAUAACGAAGCAACGUGAAAGGUGGACUGAGGAAGAACAUAAUAGAUUCAUUGAAGCUUUGAGGCUUUAUGGUAGAGCAUGGCAGAAGAUUGAAGAACAUGUAGCAACAAAAACUGCUGUUCAGAUAAGAAGUCACGCUCAGAAAUUUUUCUCCAAGGUAGAGAAAGAGGCUGAAGCUAAAGGUGUAGCUAUGGGUCAAGCGCUAGAUAUAGCUAUUCCUCCUCCACGGCCUAAGCGUAAACCAAGCAAUCCUUAUCCUAGAAAGACGGGAAGUGGAAGUAUCCCGAUGUUAAAAGCGGGUGUGGAUGAUGGAAAAGAGUCCCUUGGAUCAGAAAAACUGUCGCAUCCUGAGAUGGCCAACGAAGAUCGACAACAAUCAAAGCCUGAAGAGAAUAAUAAUCUGCAGGAAGACAACUGUUCAGAUUGUUUCACUCAUCAGUACCUCUCUGCUGCAUCCUCCAUGAAUAAAAGUUCUAUAGAGACAUCAAACGCAAGCACUUUCCGCGAGUUCUUGCCUUCACGGGAAGAGGGAGAUCAGAAUAACAGGAUAAGAAAGGUGUCAAACUCAGAGAAUUACUGUGAUUUGAAUGCAAAAUCUCUGGAAACCGAUAAUGAGCAAGGACCUCAGACUUAUCCGAUGCGUAUCCCUGUGCUAGUGCCAUUGGGGAGCUCAAUAACAAGUUCUCUAUCACAUCCUCCUUCAGAGCCAGAUAGUCAUCCCCACAUUGUUGCAGGAGAUUAUCAGUCGUUUCCUAAUCAUAUAAUGUCAACCCUUUUACAAACACCGGCUCUCUAUACUGCCGCAACUUUCGCCUCAUCAUUUUUGCCUCCCGAUUCUAGUGGUAGCUCACCUGUUCAAGGGAACUCACCUCCGAAUCUGGCUGCCAUGGCUGCAGCCACUGUUGCAGCUGCAAGUGCUUGGUGGGCUGCCAAUGGAUUGUUACCUUUAUGUGCUCCUCUUAGUUCAGGUGGUUUCACUAGUCAUCCUCCAUCUACUUUUGGACCAUCCGGUGAUAUUGAGUAUACAAAAACAAGCACUUUACAGCAUGUUUCUGCGCAGAGCCGAGAGCAAGAACACUCUGAGGCAUCAAAGGCUCGAUCUUCAUUGGACUCAGAGGAGAUUGAAAAUAAGAGUAAACCAGAUUGUCAUGAGCAGCCUUCUGCAACACCUGAGAGUGAUGCAAAGGGUUCAGAUGGAGCAGGAGACAGAAAACAAGUUGACCGGUCUUCGUGUGGCUCAAACACUCCCUCGAGUAGUGAUGAUGUUGAGGCGGAUGCAUCAGAGAGGCAAGAGGAUGGCACCAAUGGUGAGGUGAAAGAAAUGAAUGAAGAUACUAAUAAUCCUCAAACUUCAGAGUCCAAUGCACGCCGCAGUAGAAUCAGCUCCAAUAUAACCGAUCCUUGGAAGUCUGUGUCUGACGAGGGUCGAAUUGCCUUCCAAGCUCUCUUCUCCAGAGAGGUAUUACCGCAAAGCUUUACAUAUCGUGAAGAACACAGAGAGGAGGAACAACAACAACAACAACAAAGAUAUCCAAUGGCACUUGAUCUUAACUUCACAGCUCAGUUAACUCCAGUUGAUGAGCAAGAGGAGAAGAGAAACACAGGAUUUCUCGGAAUCGGAUUGGAUGCUUCAAAGCUAAUAAGUAGAGGAAGAACAGGUUUCAAACCAUAUAAAAGAUGUUCCAUGGAAGCCAAAGAAAGUAGAAUCCUCAACACCAAUCCUAUCAUUCAUGUGGAACAGAAAGACCCCAAACGGAUGCGGUUGGAAACUCAAGCUUCGACAUGAAACUCUAUUUUCAUGUGUUCUGUUUGUACUCUGUUUUUAAAUAUUCAAGAUCACUGGUACAUUUUCUUUGUCUUUUGAGGCCUUUGUAUUUGUUUCCUUGUCCAUAGUCUUCCUGUAACAUUUGACUCUGUAUUAUCAACAAAUCAUAAACUGUUUAAUCUUUU